UAACCGCGUGGACGAGCUGCUCGUGCGCGGGUCUCUGGUAGAACUUUCCUGGCCGUCAGAGGGGACACCCGGACGGAACUCCAGCUUCCGUGUGUCCACGUCUACUUCCAGUGCUCCCUGUAAAGACAUCUUACAUAUGAGACAUCUUACAUGACAACUGUUUCCACACCGGCGCUUCGUCAGGCAGACAGUGGGAGCACGUGAGGUGUUUUGGGCGGAAGGAAGCACGCUGUGGCCUGUCCUCAGCGGCGCCAUGUUUUCACCUGUCCCGCCGGCAGGUGAGGGGGCGUGGUACCGAUUGAUUGAUUGGUUGAUGGAUUGACUAAUCGAGCCGAGCAUGAGGCGCAUGCUCCAGGUGGCCGUGCUCGUGACUCUCCAGCUGUUUGUCCACGCCGGCAGUUCCGCGUCCACGUGCGGCCCGAGCUGCUUCUCCGGUGCGUGCGUGAACGGCUCGUGCGUCUGCCACCACGGCUGGGUGGGCGACCAGUGCCAACACUGCCAGGGCAGAUUCAAGUUAACGGCGAUGUCAGGUUCUCUGACGGAUGGUCCGGUCAACUACAAGUACAAGACCAAGUGUACUUGGCUCAUUCAAGCACAUCCUAACGCGCUUUUGAGGCUGCGCUUCAAUCACUUGGCAACAGAGUGCGGCUGGGAUCACAUGUACGUGUACGACGGAGACUCCAUCUACGCGCCGCUCCUUGCCGCCUUCAGUGGUCUGGUGGUACCAGAGUCCAGAGACAACGAGACGGUCCCCGAGGUGGUGUCCACGUCCGGUUACGCUCUGCUUCACUUCUUCAGCGAUGCGGCGUACAACCUGACUGGCUUCAGCGUCACCUACUCGAUCAACUCUUGUCCCAACAACUGCUCGGCACACGGCAGGUGCAGCUGGGCCAACGCGGCGUGGGCCGGAGUCUACUGCGAGUGUGACGACUACUGGAAGGGGGAGGCCUGCGACAUCCCGUACUGCAGGAAUGACUGCGGCGGCCCCGACCGCGGUUACUGCGACCUGACCGGAGAGAAGCUGUGUGUCUGCAAUGACAGCUGGCAAGGUCCAGACUGUUCCGUCUCCGUUCCAUCCUCUGAGGCCUUCUGGGUGCCGCCAAGCGUCAAACCUUCAUCACCGUCUGCGGGCCGGGCGUCCCAUCGGGCCUUGGUGCACUUGGGGCUGAUGUGGGUGGUGGGGGGCUACUCCUUCAACUACUCCAACUACCACAUGGUCCUCAACUACGACCCGGAGAGCAGCACGUGGGACGUCGUACCCGCCGGCGCUGGUCCUCUGUACAGAUAUGGACACUCGCUGGCUCUCCACCAGGAUGACAUGUACAUGUUUGGCGGGAAGCUGGAGGCGGGGCCCGGCAAUGUCACGAACGAGUUGUGGGUGUUCAACAUCCCUCGUCGCGCCUGGUUGCUGCGGACUCCGGCCACGCCCCCUCCCUACGCUGUGGAGGGCCACAGUGCCCACGUGGUGCAGCUGGCGGGGGGCGAGGUGGUGAUGUUGGUGUUCUUCGGCCACUCGCCCGGCUACAGCUACGUCAGCGGAGUUCUGGAAUACGACCUCGGGUCCAACUCGUGGCAGGCGGUGUCAGCAGGCGGCGCUGCGGUCCAAGGAGGUCACGGCCACAGCAGCGUGUACGACGAGUCCAGCGGCUGCGUGUUCGUGCACGGCGGCUACAAGGCUCUGGGCAGCAGCAAGCACGGCCUGGUGGACCACAUGUACCGCUACCACGUGCACACCAGAACAUGGUUGAUCCUGCGUGAGAGCGGCACGGCGAGGUAUCUUCACUCUGCGGUGCUGCUGGGUGGCACCAUGCUGGUUUUUGGGGGAAACACCCACAAUGACACGUCCCUCAGCAACGGCGCCAAAUGCUUCUCUGCUGACUUCCUGGCCUACGACCUCGCGUGUGAUGAGUGGGCGGUCCUUCCCAGGCCGGCGCCACACCGCGACGUCAACCGAUUUGGACACUCGGCGGUGGUCAGCAACGGCUCCAUGCUGGUCUUUGGAGGCUUCUCUGGCUUCCUCCUUAACGACGUGCUGGUCUACACUCCACCGUCCUGCCGUGCCUUCUCUAAUACGGCCUCGUGCACCACCGCCGGGCCGGGCCUCCGCUGCCGCUGGGUGGAAGGCGCAUGCGUCCCGUGGGAGCCGACUCCGCCUGACCACAUUUUUCCGGCUAAGUUCUGCCCUCGGCGGGCGGAUAGUACGGAUGAACACUGCAUGCUGUUUUCCCAAUGCUCCAGCUGCACCGCCAACACUCGCGGCUGCCAGUGGUGCGAGGACAGGAAGUGCAUCUCCGCCUCCAGCAACUGCACCCUGCAGACUGUGGAUCUGGCCCAGCAUCAUGGCGGUGCUCUGUCUCCGCCUGCACGUCCGUCCAUGUUGUCUGAGCAUCAGCUGAGCUUGUGGAAGCACGGAGGCCGCAGGAAGGCACAUGUGAAGGCGUUGACGGAGGCGUCCCGGUGUAAGCGACAGGCGGAGCAGGAAUGUUUGGGAUUGGACAACUGCAGGAGCUGCGGCCUCAACGCUAACUGCCAGUGGGAGGAGCAACGGCGGGAGUGUCAAAUUCGGCCUGGUCAGCUGUGUGCAGAAGGUUGGCAUCACUUGGGCAAGGUGUGUUUGAGGAUCAACUCCAGCAGAGAGAGCUACGACAACGCUCAGCACUACUGCAAGAACCUGGGAGGAAACAUCGCCUCCUUGCACUCGGACAAGCACGUCACGUUUGUGCUGGAGGAGAUGCACAAGUAUCAUCUCCAGGACAAGCCUUUGUCUCCAUGGGUGGGCCUGAGGAAGAUCAACGUGUCCUACUGGGGCUGGGAGGACACGACCCCCUUCUCCAACACCAGUCUGCACUGGGUCCCGGGAGAACCCAGUGACUCGGGUUUCUGCGCCUACCUUGAGCAAACGCAGGCGGCGGGGCUGAAGGCCAAGGCAUGCACGGCCACCACAGACGGACUCAUCUGUGAAAAAGCUGCUGGGAGCCCACAGAGUCGGACCUCGGGUCCGUGUAAGCCCCCCUGUGCCAUGCAUCGCACCUGUGCCAACUGCACAAGUCAGGCCAUGGAGUGCAUGUGGUGCAGAAGUACGCAGCGCUGUGUGGACUCCUCGGCCUACGUCGUCUCCUUCCCUUUUGGACAAUGUCUGGAGUGGCAGACGCAGGACUGCACUGCCCAGAACUGUUCGGGUCUGAAGACGUGUGCCGAGUGUCUGGAGCGGCCCGAGUGCGGCUGGUGCGGUGACCCCACCAAUACUGGCAGAGGCGUUUGCUUGGAGGGGUCUUACCGGGGGCCCCUGAGGCCGACUCAUGGUUGGACCGGACCCCGACGGGACCAGGUUGGACUACGAGAGUGGGACAUGGUCUUGGAUCAAGAUCUGUGCUCAGCCGACAGGGGCUACAACUGGGCCUUCAUCCAGUGCCCAGCGUGUCAGUGUAACGGACACAGCAGGUGUCUGAACGGCACUGUGUGCGAGCGCUGCGGGAACCUGACGUCUGGGACGCAUUGCCAGAACUGCAUGAGUGGUUACUAUGGCGACCCCACCAAUGGAGGGAAGUGCAACGCUUGUCGGUGUAACAGCCACGCCCACGUGUGCCACGCCAACAGCGGAAAGUGCUUUUGUUCCACCAAAGGCAUCAAAGGAGAACGUUGUCAGCUAUGUGACUCUGAGAACCGUUACCUUGGAAACCCUCUCAGAGGAACGUGUUAUUACAACCUGUUGAUCGACUACCAGUUCACCUUCAGUUUGCUGCAGGAAGACGACCGCUACUACACAGCCAUCAACUUCAUGACCACCCCUGAACAGACCACCAAGAACUUGGAAAUGUCCAUCAACGCUUCUAACAACUUCAACCUCAACAUCACCUGGUCCUUCAGCUCAACAGCUGGAACCAUCUCAGGAGAAGAGAUGUCCAUCAUGGCCAGAAGCAACAUCAAGGAGCACCGAGACAGCUUCUCAUGUGACACAUUUAAUUUUAAACAACAUCACAACAUCACCUUCUACAUCUACGUGUCCAACUUCAGCUGGCCCAUCAAGAUCCAGAUUGCGUUCUCUCAGCACAACAGCAUCAUGGACCUGGUGCACUUCUUUGUCACCUUCUUCAGGUUUUGGACAGGUGUGAUACUGCAGUGUGCACGUCUGCUGGUGCUCACAGAAGUCAAAGGAAUGCUCAGGUCGUUUUUGUGUAUGUUCAGAUACUUGAAAAAUUAGGGGGAACAUUGCCUGGGACAAUAUUUUAACUAGGUGGAAAGACCUGCAAGUGAUCCUGUACUCUCUACCUGAGUACCUUCUGCAGAUGAUAGCCCAAUAAAGCGUCUUUGUCCCCGCAGUGGUAUGCAAUUUUGUGCGCCAAUGAGUAAAUUGGUGGUAAACAAGUGUGAAGUGUCAAGUGUCCCUGGGUUGUGUGUCAGUACGCAAAGAAAAUGUUUAAAUGUUCAAAAUUUAUGGCACGCAUCACUUCUGUGAACUAGUCAAGAACUAAACAAUGUGGGCGGUGCGUAUCAAAUCGUGUCUCAUUCACAUGAAAGGGUUAACCUUUCCACCACCUAUAGGAGCAAGUCGGGGGAAUUCUCAUGUCAUUUCUGUCGUGUCUUGGAUCUUCCUUGUGAUUUUCUGUUAAUAACUAAUCAUAAUACCCAAAGACAUGUCUUCUAGUCAGCAAUUCCCUAGUAGUAUUUUUCUAGUAUAUUGCCUCCUUCCUGCUCUUUGCACAUUCUCUAAAAUAUAGACUUAGAUUUCAUUAUUGCAUGAGAUUCUUCUCUGGAGUCCAAUAUCUUGAAGAUUCCUUGCAAAUAGAGGAAUUAAUGAAGCUUUUGGGGUUAAUGCCUGCUGUUGCGUGGGGUCAUGCGGGACACAGCGGGACCAAAUAAUGCCAGGACUGCUUCACGGAUGUGGGAAGCAGUGGAAGCAGUACAUCCCCAUGCAGGAACAAUGCACAUCACGUGUACUAUUGUCAUGCACUAGAUGAAAACACUACUUGGCAAGGUGUAAAUAAGUUGUGUUGUGUGAAUUGCAUGCCAAGUGCGUAAUUGAUGCGUAAACAGGACGCAAACAGUACCCAAGCCAGUCCCCACGUCUCUUUCAGGUGUGCCAUAAAUAAAUAAAUGACACCUAUUGCCAUAGCAAAUUGCGGGGCAAUGCGAAGGCAAAAUGCAUGUAAGCGUAAACACCGCUUUAGUCUGUCUCUCCCUGCCUUGCAACGUCCCUUCCAGUGUUCUUUUUAUUACUCUUUCAUUGAAUUCUUGUAUUUCAUCUGUGAUGUACAGUGUGAGCGAUUUAAGAGUUCAUUUAGGUAAAUUUAGGUAAACGUUCCAACUAAUACUAAAGUGUUAGUACUAGAAGUCAACCUGUCCUGUGACUGACCAAAAGCUUCUUGCUUGGGUUUGUUUUUGUUUUGUAUUUUGCUGAUGUUGAAGAGGAGUAAAGAGGAGUGUGUUUAUUGUUUUUGUUGUUGUUGAAAGCUUAAAAUUUCCUGGACACACGUGAGGUGCAUUACUGUUUUGAUGGAGCCAGGGAAGUCAUGCACUGCAGACGGUCCGCUAAUGAGAGGAGAGGAGGACGUCUGCUGUCCUUAGGCAACAUUCUGCCACUCACCACCACCUCGGACAAGUUUGUGUGUGUGUGUGUGUGUGUGUAUGCAGCCGUGAGAGGAAGUGAGCUGUU